AUGCAUGGAGGUAUUUCACCGAAUUUGACAAGUUUGGAUGAUAUUCGGAAGGUGGGUUAUUUGAACUUUUACAAAUCCUGAAACAUCGAAAAAUUUUUAGAUUAGUCGACCAAUCCAAAAUGUGGCAGCUAAUCCUUUGGUCCAAGAUAUAUUAUGGUCCGAUCCAAUGUCAUCGCAAAACCCCCUUAAUUUGUCAUCCCAACCAAUUUUUGUGCCAAAUUCACUUCGAGGACUGUCUUUCGAAUUCAAUGAUUCGGCAAUCUCAAACUGUUGCAAAGCACUAAAAAUUGAUUUGAUUGUACGUGGUCACCAAAUGCAGGAGAAUGGUUACACUUUUUGUCAAAAUAAGAAGCUAGUCACUAUAUUUUCUGCACCAAAUUAUAGUGGAAAACAUCAAGUGAGACAAUUUUAACAUAAGCAAUGCCUAAAUUUCUAGAUUAAACAUGAGCAAUUUCAAAGAUUCUUAUUGUUAUCUCAAAAAAUAUCAAUUUUUGCAGAAUCUCGGUGCCAUUAUGUUAGUCAAAUCGAACGGGCAAAUCUGUUUUGUGUUGUUGAAAAACAAUCAAAAAGUUGAAAAUAUUGCCGAAAAUUCAUCGUCGUCAUCUGUAACGGGAACAGGAUCAUCGGAUAGUGGAAUGUAG